GGUCAUCACAUUGAAUUAUGAGUUUGGCGCGAGGAUGAGCGGCGCGGCCAGGGCGUCCGGUCCUAGAUUCGCCCCUGCCCGGCGGUUCUGAGGGCGCGGGAGCUGAGGAGCGGUGUCAGCCCGCCGACCCCGGUCGCCUCGGCGCGUGUGGGGAGGGGGUGAUCACGUGGGGAAGCGUUUCCCCCAGGGUGGUGUCCACGGGGGACUCCGCGCAUCCACCCCUCUUUCCCCACGUCAUUAACUUUCAGAUGCCAGACCGAGCCCAGGGGAUGUCCUGGCGGCCAACUGCCCUUUCAGCCCCCGAUCCUGUGCUCUCUCCCCUCCCAAACUGGACCUGACACAUACCAGGGAAAGUCUGUUGUACCAGCAGCCCUUUCUCAUGAGUCCCUUGGCACCCAAUUUCCUUUCUCUGCAUCCUUUUUCUGGGCUCAGCUUGAGGAAGACACCUCUGGCCAAUCAUGCCAAAGAGGAAAGUGACCUUCCAAGGCGUGGGAGAUGAGACUGAUGAGGAUGAAGUCAGUGUCCCCAAGAAGAAGCUGGUAGACUCUGUGGCUGGGGGUCCAGGGAGCCGCUUCAAAGGCAAACACUCUCUGGACAGUGAUGAGGAGGAUGAUGAGGAGGAGGAGGGGUCCAGCAAAUACGACAUCCUGGCCUCAGAGGAUGUGGAAGGUCAGGAAGCGGCCACACUUCCCAGUGAGGGGGGUGUGCGAAUUACACCCUUCAACCUUCAGGAAGAGAUGGAGGAAGGCCACUUUGAUGCUGAUGGCAACUACUUCCUAAACCGGGAUGCUCAGAUCCGAGACAGCUGGCUGGACAACAUCGACUGGGUGAAGAUCAAGGAGCGGCCACCUGAUCAGCGCCAGGCUUCAGAGGAGGAGGACAGCUUGGGCCAGACACCAAUGAGUCCCCAAGCCCUCCUUGAGGGACUUGUGGAGCUGCUGUUGCCGAGAGAGACAGUAGCUGGAGCACUGAGGCGUCUGGGGGCCCGAGGAGGAGGAAGCAAAGAGGGUAGCAAAGGGCCCAGGCGGCCCAAUUCCCCCCAGCGCCUGGACCGGCUGUCUGGGUUGGCUGACCAGAUGGUGGCCCGAGGCAACCUUGGUGUAUACCAGGAGACCAGGGAACGGUUGGCUAUGCGGCUGAAGGGUUUGGGUUGCCGGACCCAGGGACCCCAGGAUCCCACACCAGCACCCUCCCUGGAUAUGUUUGCUGAGGAAGUAUCAGAGGGGGAGCUGGAGACCCCUACCCCUGCCCAGAGAGGAGGAGCAGAGUCACCAGGAGAUGGUCUGGUGGAUGUGAUGUGGGAGUAUAAGUGGGAGAACACGGGGGAUGCUGAGCUGUAUGGGCCCUUCACCAGCGCCCAGAUGCAGACCUGGGUGAGUGAAGGCUACUUCCCAGAUGGUGUUUAUUGCCGGAAGCUGGACCCUCCUGGUGGUCAGUUCUACAACUCCAAACGCAUUGACUUCGACCUCUACACCUGAGCCUGCUGCAUGCCCAAUAUGGCAGCCCCUACUUUCCUGGACUUUGGUUGGGGCCGCCCCAGCUGCCCUCAGGCCACUUUUCAAUCAGUUUUCCUUUUCCCAAUAAAAGCCUGGGUAUGCGUUAGGGCUUUAGCUAUGCUGAUGGCCAGAAGUGAGGGGCCUGUUCCACAGCCCUCAGUCUUUGGCUCCACUGCCAUGAAGUUCCUUCUUGGAGUUUCUCUCGGGUAUCUUGGGCUGCCUUGCCUUGCUUUUCCACCCUCAGUGGAGUAGCCAGGGCCUGUCAGGUAUCUUGUGGCCUCUCUGCUUGGAUGCCGGUGGCUAUGUAAAAAUCCCUCCCUCACACCCUCUUCUGUCUUCUCUGGGUUUUCUUGUUGUGCUGUUCUUAGGAUUUGACUUUUAGGGUCUCAGAUCCUCUGUCCUUGCAGGCCCUGGGGUAUAGCACCUCAGAAAUGGAGAUUUUAUAUCUGGAAGGGCUGGGAUAUCUUUUGGGUACCCUGUUGAGGGUGAGCAGGGAUGGGUGGGCAAAGGUCCUCCAGAGUCCCAUGCAGCCUGAGCCAGUGUCUUCCAGUCUGGUUCCUCCCUGUCCUGAGCAGCAGUUCCCACGGACCUUGGGUGAAGUAGACUCAGUGUUGCCACUUGGACGGCAUCCGAGGCCGUGUUGGCACUGUGCUGUGAACAGCACCAAGGGGAGUGGCUGCACAGGUCAGCCAGGGAAUCAGUGCUGGCCCAGGCCCAUGGACUCCUUGCCCAGUCCUCUCUUGGCAUAAAGCUUUUUCUGUUUGCUCUUUGAAGCUCCCGUGUGUGUCUGGCACGGGCCCAGGGCCUUGGGAGAAUGGACAGCUGGGCUGGUCCGCUUCAGCAUUCUGAGUCGGAUGGAGGGGUCGUGGAAGCAAGCAGGUGUAAGCUGACAGCUGCGCCUAACUCCACCCUCCACCACCUGCCGUCUUACUGUACGAACUAACUUGGAGGGCUCUCUGGCUCUUCAGUCCUGCCUGCCCAGGUCUCCUGGAGAGCUGUGAUUGGCCACUAGCCAGGGCGAUGGGUGUUUCACAAGCUCCUCAGGUGUUCUAGUGUGCAGCUGGCUGAACCCCUGGGCCGGCGCCCGUGGCUGCGGCACAUCUGGGGAGGACGUUUCUGGGUCCCACCAGGAAAGCAGAGCUGAGUGUGUGUGGCUCUGGUGAGUCCAUUCCUCGAAGGGAUCUGAGCACACUGGAGCCAAGCUGGGAACUGGGAAAGGUGAGGGCCAGGCCAGGUGGGCUUUCUUGACACUCUUGUGAGGCCUCCGAUUACUGUUGUAACUAAACCCACUCUGGAGCUGGCCCACACCUGACUUCACCACUCCAAGACGCCAUCAGUGCUAAGUAAGGGGCCUGGCUUACAGAGAAGAACCCUGCCAGUUAGAGUUCUUAAGAUGUCAGGGGUUAAAAGAUGCACUUGAUCUCAGAAAUGCCCAGAGGUGGAAGCAGGCCUCUGUUGGAGUGAAAUGCAGUGUUCACCUGGAGCGCCCCAGGGGCUGUCUCUCCGCAGGCAGCUCCACAAGCACCUCAGAGCUGACCAGCUCCGCCUGCAUCCUGAGUGAGGCCCCAUCCUGAGCCCCAGAGCCUGUGAAAGCUGCCUUCCCGGGCAGAGGAGCCCCUGCAGAUGUGAGAAAGUUCAGGGGGAGGCUGCUGGUUGCUGAGGUGGCCCAGCUUCAUCCCGGCAGUGAGUGGGAUGGAGGGCUUUGUGCCACUGGCCAUGCAGAUGGAGGGCAGCAUGUGCCGGGGUGUGGCUGGCCUGGAGAGGCUGGGAAAGGCAGGAAUGGGGUCCUGCAAAGACAUAAAGCCCCGACGUGACGCCAGCCAGCAAAGCCAUUUUGUAUUCUGGCCUCAAGAAUUGUAAGAUAAUAAAUUUGUGUUGUUUCGAGG